AUCAAAAUGGCCGGCAAGAUCACCGCUGCAUUCUUCGUCUUCGUAACCAUCGCUUUUCUCGCAAACAUCGGAUUUGUCGUCGGUAAUCCCGCGAUCGCUACUGGCUACGAUCCCUUGGAGGUUUGCAUCGAGAACUGCGCACAAUGUAAGAAGAUGCUGGGCGCGUGGUUCGAAGGUCCUCUCUGCGCUGAAUCCUGCAUCACCUUCAAAGGAAAACUGAUCCCCGAGUGCGAAAACUUCGCCUCAAUCUCACCUUUCCUUAACAAACUUUAAUUGUCUAUAAUGAACCAUAUGGAUUUAUUGAUGAAUCGGGUA